UUUUAAUAGGGUCUCAUGAAAAUAGUAAAUAAGACCAAGUGCAAGGAUAGUGGUGGGAGCCUGACACACUUUCCUCUUCAUGCAAAGAGCAGUUGACAUAGGAAAUUGAAAGCCCAUGCUUAACGCUCACGGAAUUCAGAGCUCAUCUCCUUCCCAAAGUCUUUCAACCAUUCAGGUCAAGUCAAAAGUGAAAUAGACCUUUGAAAACGUAAGUUGCCUUUUUAAAAUCCAGUUCAGUCUGUGUUGUUUGCUUCCUGUAGUCUGUCAGUGGUUAGAAGGGGAACUUAGCUGCUUGUUAAUUAUCACACCAGGAUGUUUUUACUAAAGUCUUUUUGUAUCCCGUUGAUACUGACAACUAGGUAGUGCAGUGUGUGUCUCCAAAGGGACCUCUGGCUUGCUCAAGGACCUAUUUUUUUGGGACCACUCACAUUCCUUUCCUGGGAAAUGACAAGGAGAUGCACAAGCAAGCUGAACAAGUUACGCUGUUGUGGCAAAUCUAUGCUGCUGUUGUAGAGGCUGUGCUUGCUGGCAUUGAGUGCUAUGCUAAAACUUCCACUGAAGCCAAGGCAAAGGAGGCAGCAGAGCAGGUGCUCAUGUCUGUGUUGGAUACUCUUCAUUUGACACAGCUCAGAGCUGCACUGCGCUCCAAAAUCACUUUUCAAAUUCAGGCUGUGAAUAAUCAUGGAAGAAUUACUCCAUUAGAUAGUGAGGACAGCCUGAGUUUGAUUAAAACAGCUUCUAUGAUGGUAUUUGACAUUCCAGACCUGCUCACAGGAAAAGGAUGCUUGGGCUCUGUUGUCUUUUCAGAGUCCUUUCUAACAUCCCAGAUACAAGUCAAAGAAAAAG